UGCGUCUUCCUCCCAAAACUUUCUCACAUCUUCUCUCACUUGUUGCUCUGCUGGCUUCCAGCUUGUGUGACAAAGCAGUCACUUUUCAGGUUUGGCGUUGGUUUCUUUCUCGUCAGCUCCCAGGAAGAAGAAGAAAGAUGAUAGUUUCUUUCUCUCCCUGUUGUUUCUUCAGGGAAAGAAGAAUGGCUUCCACGGGGUUCCUGGUCGCAACGGCUUUUCUCACGGUGGUUUCCUCUGCCUACAGCGACGGCGGAGGGUGGAUUAAUGCCCACGCUACCUUCUACGGAGGAAGUGAUGCGUCGGGGACAAUGGGUGGGGCUUGUGGGUAUGGGAAUCUGUACAGCCAGGGCUAUGGAACCAACACUGCUGCUCUGAGCACUGCCCUGUUCAACAAUGGCCUGAGCUGUGGGUCAUGCUUUGAGAUUAGGUGUGCCAAUGAUGCCAAGUGGUGCCUCCCUGGCUCUAUUGUGGUCACGGCCACCAAUUUCUGUCCUCCAAACAACGCCUUACCCAACAAUGCCGGUGGCUGGUGCAACCCUCCCCUCCAGCACUUUGACCUCGCCCAGCCUGUCUUCCAGCGCAUUGCCCAGUACAGAGCCGGGAUUGUCCCUGUUGCCUACAGGAGGAUACCCUGUAUGAGGAAGGGAGGGAUCAGAUUCACAAUUAAUGGGCAUUCCUACUUCAACCUGGUCCUCAUCACCAACGUGGGAGGCGCCGGAGAUGUUCAUGCGGUGGCCGUGAAAGGAUCCAGAACGGGCUGGAUGGCAAUGUCAAGGAACUGGGGUCAGAAUUGGCAGAGCAACAACUACCUUAACGGACAAAGCCUGUCCUUUAAGGUCACCACCAGCGAUGGUCGCAGCGUGCUGUCCUCUAAUGUUGCUCCCGCAGGCUGGUCUUUUGGCAAACUCACCGGGGCUCAGUUCCACUAAGCUCCAACCUCGAACCCCCUGAUUUAUAUAUAUUUAGGAUCUUGAAUUGAACACCCUCAAUUCAAGUGUUAGCAAGUAAGGUGACUCACUAGUAUGCUAAGAUAUUAGACAGUAUGCUACUGUAUCCCUGGGUCAGAGAAUGAGAAGGGCUUAUUUUUAAAAUGGCUCUUUUCAUCAAUUGGGGUAUUAGUUAGACCGUGUCAGUGUAGGGUUCUAGAAGAUUCUUGGGUUCUUUCUAUUUUUGGUUUUUUUGGAGUAUAUUUGAGCUUCUGCUGCUGCUGAGGUGGCGGUGGCGAUGGCCGGGGGUGAACAGCUAACUGGAAGAGGUGGAAUCUGGGGACUACCCGCCAGUUAGUGUUUGAAUGAAAGGAGUUGUUUUUGUUUCCAGUUUGUUGGUUUCAUUUUUCUGCUUUUGGUGGAGACUUUUGAGAAGCAGGGUUCGCUUCCUCUAAUCAAACAUUGUAAAACAGCUUCCGCUGUGUUAUGUUUUGUUAUGUAUGUGUAUGUAGUUGGGGCUCCCCCAUCAAGUUGUAAUACUUCAUAUUUCCCUUGCUAUAUCAAGUUUACUUAUUUA